AUGGCUCUAUACUCGUUUUGGAUUUUUGAUAGACAUUGCAAUUGCAUAUUUGACCGAGAAUGGACGCUGAAGACGAAUCCAUCAAGUGGAACGACUAAUUCCAAGCUAAAUGAAGACACUGCAAAGCUAUUGUAUGGUAUGGUUUUUUCGCUGCGAUCAAUAUCGCAGAAAUUGGGCAGCAAAGGGAGCUUUAACGAAAUUAGAACCAUAGCUACAGGUAAGUACAGAGCACAUAUUCUGUGCACUGCUUCGGGCCUGUGGUUCAUACUACUGAGCGAUCUGGGACAAGAAGAUCUUUCGCAAGUGCUGCGAUACUUAUACAGCGAGAUCUACGUCAAGACAGUAGUCUACAACUGGCUCUCACCGGUCGAUUUCGCUGAUUCUCCAAAUGAACGAAGGGGUCAAGGGUUCAGGAAAAUACGUAAUCGUCAGUUUCUCCUGGCCGUGGAGAAAUUCCUGGGGCCUAUGGUCAACUGA